AUCUUAGGUGCCCGCAGGUUAUAAUUAUGAACAGGGUACCUGUCAAUGGAGGUCCACAAUAGCGUACGAAAUGGGUAAGAGAGUAGGUUACUGUGAAUGGAGAUAUACAAUAGUCAUGUGAAUAAGGCGCAUCGAAUGCGACGAUUUGUACGUGACUAUCUUGUGCGAUUUAGUCGAUAGGCAGUCGCUGACUGUAGCGCUCGUCGACUUGAUACCUCUCCCAAAGACCUACGCUCAUGGCCCCAGCUCUGGACAUCCGACACCGGGAUAAGAGCUAGAGCUACAAAAAGUUGCAAUUGCCCUCCAGCGUUCAUUAAGUCCUGAGUCGUUUCGAUGCCGAAUCUGCUCGACCGACUGAAAGACCAAGUGGAUCGGCUCAAAGAGUUAGAAGAGGAACACGACGAUCUUCUUUUCGCCUACAACGAACUUCACGCCAAGCUAGAAGACGAGGUACCAGGAGACGGCGACGUCAAUUCGAAGCUACAGCGGCUCGUGGAAACCAAGAAAGCUCUUGAGAGCCAAACAGACGACCUGAAGAAGAGAAUUAAAGAACUGGAAAAUUCUCUGACGAAGAUGGAAAACAUGAAUCUGGACAAAAUCAGCGAUGUUGGUAAGAGUCUUCUCCAGUCAAUCCCAAAGCCUGACAAUGAGAAACCCACCCCGGAACCUACACCAUCUGAUGUACCAAAUCCUGACAAAGGACCUGCCUUAAAUGGUCCUAGUGACCCCCCAAGUGAGAAACCCGGCCAGGCACCUCCACCAUCUGAUGACCCUGCUCAAGCUUCUCCCGGUAAAGCACCAACUUCCCCAGAUCCGACGACAAACAACGAACCUGCGCCAACUGAACCAGGAAAAGAACCUGCACCUACAACGCCAGCAGAAGAACCUGCACCUACAAAGCCAGCAGAACCUGCACCUACAAAACCAGCAGAACAACCUGCACCUACACAGCCAACAGGACAACCGGCACCUACAAAGCCUACAGAACAACCUGCACCUACAAAGCCAGCAGAACAACCUGCACCUGCAAGGCCAACAGAAGAGCCUGCACCUACAAAGCCAGCAGAACAACCUGCACCUACAAAGCCACAGGAACCUGCACCUACAACGCCAGCAGAACAACCUGCACCUACAAAGCCAAAAGAACCUGCACCCACAAAGCCCGCAGAACAACCUAAACCUACAAAACCAACAGAACCUGCGCCUACAAAGCCAGUAGAAGAGCCAACACCUACAAAGCCUGCAGAGCAACCUGCACCCUCAAAGCCCGCAGAACCUGCACCCACAAAGCCCACAGAUGAACCUGCACCUACAACGCCAGCAGAACAACCAGCACCCACAAUGCCAGUAGAAGAACCUGAACCCACAAAGCCGGCAGAAGAGCCAACACCUACAAAGCCAACAGAAGAACCUGCACCUACAACGCCAGCAGAACAACCUGCACCUACAAAGCCAGCAGAGCAACCCGCACCUACAAAGCCCACAGAUGAACCUGCACCUACAAAGCCGGCAGAACAACCUGCACCUACAACACCAGCAGAAGAACCUACACCUACAAAGCCAAAAGAAGAACCUGCACCCACAAAGCCUGCAGAAGAGCCAACACCUACCAAGCCAGCAGAACAACCUGCACCCACAAAGCCUGUAGAACCUAUACCCACAAAGCCAGCAGAAGAGCCAACACCUAGAAAGCCAUCAGAAUCAGUGCCCACAAAGCCAACAGAAGAACCUGCACCCACAAAGCCAGUAGAACAACCUGCACCUACAAAGCCAGUAGAACAACCUGCACCUACAAAGCCAGUAGAACAACCUGCACCCACAAAGCCUGCAGAAAGAACAACCCGCACCUACAAAGCCAGCAGAACAACCUGCACCUACAACGCCAGCAGAACCUGCACCUACAACAAGCCAGCAGAACAACCUGCACCUACAUCGCCAGCAGAACAACCUGCACCAGCAGAAGAGCCAACACAUAUAAAGCCAUCAGAACCUGCACCUACAAAGCCAACAGAAGAACCUGCACCCACAAAGCCAGCAGAAGAGCCAACACCUAUAAAGCCAUCAGAACCUGCACCGACAAAGCCAACAGAAGAACCUGCACCUACAAAGCCAGCAGAACAACCUGCACCUACAAAGCCAGCAGAACAACCUGCACCCACAAAGCCAGCAGAACAACCUGCACCCAUAAACCAGCAGAACAACCUGCACCUACAACGCCAGCAGAACCUGCACCUACAACGCCAGCAGAACCUGCACCUACAAAAACAACCUGCACCUACAAAGCCUGCAGAACAACCGCCACUUACAAAGCCAGUGGAACAACCUGCACCUACAAAGUCUGUUAAAGAACCUGCACCCACAAAGCCAGCAGAAAGAUCUGCACCCACAAAGCGUCCUGAUGGGCCCACAAAACCAAAGGAAGAACCUGCACCCAUAAAACCCAAAGAGGAACCUGCACCUACAAAACCUAAGCAAGAACCCGUUCCAGCAAAACCACAAGAAGUUCAAGCGGCCCCUGCUAAGCCCAAGAGGCAACCAGCCCCUACAAAGAACAAGAAAGAAACUCCGCCUACCUUCAUAGCACCUUUCGAAGCACCGCCACCCAUUGAGCCCAGGGAGCCUGUCCGUACUAAGCCUAAGAGAGAACCUGCCAAACAGGAAAAGCCUCAAGAAAGUAAGCCAAAACAGGACCGGAAACCUGAACCUGCACCUACCAAACCGGAGGAGAAGCCUCAGCAAACUAAACCCGCAGAGAAACCGAAAGAGGUUAUUGCUCCCACAAAGCCCAAAGAUGAACCCAUUCCCACUAAACGUGCGACGGAACCUGCCCCCACAAAAUUAGAACCUCAACAAAACAAACCCAAAGACGAACAGGUAACGAUAAAGCCAAAAGAAGAGCCUGCGCAGCCAAAACUAAAGCAAGAGCCAGCAACCACAAAACCUAAGGAGGAACCUGCACCUACAAAUAUCAAGCAAGAACCUGCACCCAAAAAGCAAGAACCCGCUCCUGCAAAACCUAAAGAAGAACGUGUGCCCACUAAACGUACAGAGGAACCGGCCCCCUCACAACCAGAGCCUCGACAAACUCCUUCAAAACCAAAGGAAGAAAUUACUUCCACUAAACCAGAACGACGUCCACAGAGGGACCAAAGAGAGCCCCUACCCACAAAGGCAAAAGAAAUGCCAUCUUCCAAACCCCAACCAGAAGUUGCACAAAGGGACACACCUUCUCCAAGAAAACCUCGACAGACGCCACAAACCAAGACAGAACCUGCACCUACAAAGUCAACGAAAGAACCUACACCUACUCAACAAAAGGCUCAAGAAACCAAACCACAAGUGAUAUCUCCAAGACAAUCUGAAGUGUCGUCAAACAAACAGGUCAACAACCCAAACAAACCGCACAGGGCUAAAGAAAUUCCUUAUCAGCAAACAAGACCUAAAUUAGAGCCAGAAAUCCCACAGGAGACCAACCUCGAUGAUGUACCCUUUAAACCCAAAACAAAGCAAGAAAAGCAAAAAGAACCAGUGCGUGAACCAGUGGCCAAAGAAAAGCCAAUACAGCAGGAAACAAAACAACAGAAACCCAAGGAAGAGGACAAGACGAUACUACCAAAGAGUAUUGAGCUGGCUUAUUGGAUGCUGGAAAAAGAACGCGAGAAAGCUAAAGAGGCCUCUAAACCAGACACUUCUCAACCAAAAGAGCAAAAAGAAAAGCACGCAUCUGAGCAAAUGGAAAAGGCAAAGACCAAGCAACCCACUGCAAAGAAAGAGAAGCCAGUUGAACAACAGCCUCAGUGGGAACCCGACAGGAAAAAAUGGGAGGAGCUUCUUACUCCAGAGCCCAAGGCUACAGAGACCGAGAAGAAGGUUACAAAACCAACGAAGGCUACAAAGACACAACCCAAGGUAGAAGUGACGCCUGCAACACCACAAGAAACGACUAAAGAAGAGCCCAAAUAUCCACACGUUUCCCCUAAGGACAUAGAGCCGCCGGUUACACGUGAAGUUGCCCCCGCCAAAGAAGUUCGCCCUAAGCCAGAGGAGUGCCUAAAACCAACUAGUCCCGUCAUGGAACGCAAGAACAUGGGGUCAGCUACGUUUGAUCCCCAUGAGCUGAAGAAGGCCAACACCAGGGCGAGGGAGAGGACGGCAUCGGAAGACUCGGUCGAGGAAAAACCUACCCAAGAUGUUGUUCCAGAAGAAGUCAAACACGCGACCAUCGACAGACGAGAGUUGAAGAAGAUGUUGAAGAAGCAGCCAGAGCCAGAAGACAGCGAGAAGGAAAACCUGGCGGAUACAUCGACAUGGCCGCGAAAGGGCAAGAAGAACAAAAUGGCCACGGUGCAACCAAUCCAGCAAGACGACAAGCCCGAGAAGAAACCGUAUACGAGAGACACGCAGCUGAACCAACUUCGUCAGAAGCUGGAAGAGACAGAACACAAACUGUCGGUGUCUGAAGAUCCAAUUCCAGACAACAAAGCGACGGUCAACAUGGACGCCCUGAAGAUUCAUCUUGCAACAGCUGGGAGCAACGUAUAUUUCUUGACAUUACCGUACAGUACACUGCCACGCGCCAAGAAACCCAAAAUGGUCGACGAGAUCAAAACCUGGGAGGAACCCACCACUCUACCUCGCAUGAAAAAGAAGGAAAAGAAGGCAGAAGAACCAGUGUGGAUAAAGCCAGAAGACAAACCACAGAAGUCUGUGUCCAUCAGCAACACUAUCAAUGUAGGCACUGCAGCGGCGAAGUCGCGGAGGAGGCAUGAACCACAGAUACAUGCCCAGUCUACCCCCAACGUCAAUGAACUGCCAAAGCAACAGUUUAUCCCGAGCACCCUACCGCGACCGCGACCAUCUAAAACGCUCACAGACGAAGAAAGGCAGCAGCGAAAGACCAGGUUGGCUUCUGAGAACACCUGUUUCCAGUGCACGAAGCCGUUUGAGUCUCCGGAUGACAUGAUCUGCGUGAACAGUCUAUACUGCCACAAAACGUGCUACAGCAAGGUGAAGAAACCGAAGAACGUCCCGCCAGUUUUGACCAUAACAAGAAAGCCGCUGGCUUCAUCACCAAUCAACAGUCCCACGUCGUUCCGAGAUCCGUUCAGCCCACCCCCGACAUCGCCCAUGAGCCUGCCGCCCUCCAGUCCUGUCUCACCGUUCCCAGCAGACGCGAAGAGCCCAGGAGCGCUGUCAUAUGCUGCUUCCAUCUGGAGUAGUGCGGAAGCAACCAAUUGCUAUGUAUGCCAUCAAGACAUCCAGGGAAAACGCGCUAUUAGAGUCUUCGGGCAUCACGUGUGUGAGGAGCACUUCGAAUGCUACAUGUGCUACAUCAAGUUCACUCCCAAGAGCAAAUUCUUCAAGCUGGAUUCCCGUCCAGUCUGUCGAAAGUGCUUCCUCUCCUUACCGAGAGAAGUGACCAACCGUCCGAAGAAGCCGUCCUUCGCCAGCGCUCUCUUCUGCAUCCAGGACGAGGACAAAGAAAAGGAGAAGAAGAAGCGAUCCAGCAAACCAUCCAGCCCCAAAACACCUCCGGGGAGCCCCAAGCUGAAGAGAUCGGACGGACGCAAGUCUAGAAGCCCACCGGGAAGCCCCCAGCGACAGAGACCAAGCCCCGGCAGUCCAGGGCGAAGAGCCGCCCCUGGAAGCCCAGGAAGAUUGCCACAAGGAGGUCCAAGACGAGCUUCACCAAACGGUCCAAGUGGAGCAGCUCCUGGAAGUCCCGGUAGAGCUCCUGGCAGUCCGGGUAGAAUUCCACCUGGAAGUCCAAGAAGAAUGUCCCCUGGAGGCCCAAGAAGAGCGUCUCCAAACGGACCAGGAGGAGCGGGUCCAAGAAGUCCCACAGGAAUGUCUCCUGGAUCUCCCGGAAGUCCUCGAAGAGUGGGUUCCUUGCCAAGGGGACAGCAAAAUGCAGUUCCAGGAAGCUCAGGAAACAAGGAAAGGCACGCAUGUCAGCUAGAACGUGCAACACUCAUCAGGUCAAAGCGAUACUCGUUGACAAUGAAAAUGAUUGAUUGUCUUUUUGCCGUCGAGAUCACUCUUGAGCGAGUCUCGAUGCGGCUGGCUCGCAUGAACCAUCGCAACAUGUUCCGCCUGCUGAUCCUGACCAUGGUGGUUUCACUGGUAACCCUUUUCAUCUUCGGACGACAAUACAGCAGGGCGAUAGCGGUAGAGAGGAACGCACCAGACGGCACAGUUUGCGUAGAAAAACGUCGCGUCGCCUUCCCCAAACUCCACAAGGUCGGCGGCAACACCAUCAAGGAAGUCCUGCACCACUUCGGCUUCAAGCGGCGCCUGUCCUUCCUCCUGCCCCUCCCCUUCAACAACAGCGGGCUCUACCCGUGGAACCUCAAGCCUGAGGCCUACCUGCCGCCUCAGGGGGGCGCAUUUGACAUCCUGACGUACCAUACCGUGUAUGACAGCGCCACCUUCCAUCAAAUCAUGCCAGAAGACACAGUGUACAUCACCAUUUUUCGAGAGCCGCUGAGCCACCUUAAGUCAACAAUGAACUUCUAUGGGCUGCCCGAGAGGUGGGGAAUAACUGGGGAUACACCAGUCUCCACUUUCCUAGCCGAUCCUGGCAAAUAUGACCCCAGGCUGAACUACUACAGAAAGUAUCCUGUGGCCUUCAGCAGAAACUCAAUGGCCAUAGACCUGGGUUUUCCUCUCAAGUAUCUAAAGAAGGUUAUGCCAAAAGAUGUGAAUCCACCAGAACAGAUCCAGUCCAUAGUCAACGCCUACGUCACGCAAAUCGAGAAGGACUUCAACUUGGUGAUGAUCAUGGAACAUUUUGAUGAGUCCAUGGUCCUAUUCAGACGUUACAUGUGCUGGGACCUCCAGGACAUCUUGUACUUCAAGGAAAACUCGCAGAGUUACUCGUACAAGCAUGAACCCAUCUCGCCCGAGCUGGUACAGUCUCACAAGAGAUGGACCCCAGUGGACUACGGGCUGUACAGCCAUUUCAACCAGACGUUUUGGGAACGUAUCAGCCAACAGACGCCAGACUUUUGGGACGAGGUCCGCCAGCUGAAAGAACUGAACAAGCAGAUGCACGAUCACUGCGACCGAGGACUUGGCAACCCACCUCUUGUGGUCCCAGCAAGCAAAUGGAACCAACGGUUUCAAAUAGACGACGAGUUUUGCCUCCUAGCCACCAUGAAUUUUAACUGCUAUUACGCGCUAUAUGCAGAACGUAAUGCGCUGGAUCGUAAACUUGCCGAAAGGCCGUCUACGAAACCAACGAGACUAUCUAGGGAAGAUCGCGAGAAUGAAGACAGGCUCUGGCCUUUGUUUAGGAAUUACUGUGUAUGGUGUGGGAGAGUCAAGAAGUACUGUAGGGCACAGGACUAUGCGCUGCAUCUAGAGUACGAAGGCUUACUAAGGGUCCAGUAGAAAG